UUGUCAAUAAUACGUCAUACUCGGACUCGGUUACUAAACAUAACCAAAAAGUGUAAUUUCUUUAAACUGACGUGUACAUAAUUUUCAAAUUCAACGAUAUAAGCAUGGAUUUCUUUAAUUCUAUACCGACUCAUAUGGAUUAUGAGGGACAAGCAAAAGCCGAAAAAUUUUAUCGUGUUAUAAUAACAUUGUUCGGUGUUGUGGGUAUCGUAUGGGGAUACAUCAUUCAACAAUUUUCACAAACAAUAUUUAUACUAGCAGCCGGUGCAAUUUUAGCAGUAUUGAUAAGUGUACCUCCAUGGCCAAUGUACCGUAAACAUCCACUAAAUUGGCAAAAACCAAGAGGCGAUUCUGGUGAUAAUGCAAAUGCGUCUAAGAAGAAGAAGAAAUAAAUAGGAAUUUUUAUACAUUUUUUCUCAAUAAAUUA